AUGGUUGUAAAAAGCAAAGCAUUUGUAGCAAUGACGCUGCUAUCAAUUGCUAUCGUCGUCACCAUUUUAAUUGUGAACGCGCAAUCGAAGGAAACUAAUACACCAAAAACUGGAAUCAAGGAAUUAAUAACGAACGUCGUAAAGGAACAGAGCCAAAAGAUUAACGAUCUACUUAAUAAAAUACAGGCGAAUGCGCAAAGAGUAUUGCAGGAAUUGAGAAGCUUAAAUCAAAUUUCUGUAUUGAAUAAAAAACCCAAAAACUCUAAACUGACUCUACAAGGGAGAGAUUUCGGGCCAAAGUUUCAGAUUGAACCCACAGAUACGGGAUUGAAAGACACAACUGAAAAAUCAAGAAGCUUUACCAGCCAUUUCACUACUACUGGAUACGGUAUAAGUGGAACUGCUUAUGGAGGUGCAACUUACCACCAUCACUCAAUUGGCUUCGAUCCAUUAAAUAUCGUGCUUUCCAUGUCAUUACUGUCAUUCCUAUUUCAAGCCUUACAAACUCUAUUGGCCAAUACACGACUCCCUACUCCUGUAAUCGAAGCCAAAAGCUUAGACCCAGUAGAAAAAUUCGUCAAAAAGCUUCGAGAAAAGAAAGGGAAGAAAUACUGGAAUAAAUACAAGAGCAAGUACUGA